AUGGGUGUUUCAAACACGGUUAUUUUGGUAUUCUCAGUAUUGUCAUUUGCUAUAGGUGUAAUUGCUGUUCUUUUGUUUGGCUGUUUGCUCGAAGAUUCCGUAUAUGUACCAGUAGAUCUUGAAAAUGGUGAAGUUAAGAAAGGUAAAUUAAGGUUUUUGAAAAUGUUUCGUCACAGAAGAAAACAAAAAGAAUUAACUGUUAAUACCGGUGAAGAAGUACAAGACAUACCCGCAAUUAGUUCCACUCAUUCAGUUACUAGGGAACAAAAUUCAUUUCAAAGUCAUUCUAAUGAUGAAUAUCAACAGAACAGCUCAAAAGUUGGAUUAAAUAGUUUUCCAUUGGAUUCAUUAGUAGUCCCCACUCAUUCUGAUCAGAAGUCAUGUCCAGUAAAAACAAAGAACGAUCAAGUUAAAACUAAAGCACCUUCUUUGGAUAUUCAGAUUUCUAAAGAAAUUACAAAUGAUGAAGCAGUACCUAUUGUUCCUGAAAUUGGUCAAGAUAAUGGUUCAAACAUUUCUCUUUCCCCGAAAGUUGAUGCACUGAUUUCACUGAAUUUUGAAACUAAACAAAUUAAUACCAACGAUGAAACUGAUCAAUUGGUCCCAACAAUUUUAGCACAACCACUUAAUCAUUCUUCCAAAGUUAACGAAUUUGAAUCACCCCCUGUUAUUUCAACUGCGCUCACAUCAAAUUUGCAAGAUUCGAUGGAUGAUAAACCUGACCUCAACAGUUUUGAAAAUGGCAUCAUUCGUCAAGUUAGUGAUCCAUUAUUAUCAGCUUCUCCUGAUAAAUAUAUCAAGGUUGGUGAUGAAGUAGUUGUUAUCAAACCUUUCAAAGGUAGAAAAGAAAAUGAAUUUGAUUUAUUAGAACCUGGUGACAUAAUCAGAAUUAAUAAAAUUUUUAUCAUGGAUGAUGAAAGAAAUAAAGAUAAAAUUAGUGAAGGUCCAAUCAGUCCAGUAGAAAAUUUAAAUUUAGAUAAUGAAAUCACAAUAUCAAAACAUGAUAAAGAAUAUAAAAAUAUUUAUUGUACUGGCUUAUUAUUACGUGAUUCAUUAGAAGAUUUAUAUUCUUUGCCUUUAAAAGAAGCAGCAUUUAGUACAAAAAUGAUUCAGGUUACCAAUGAUUUCCCAUUAUCAAUUGUUACCUCAAAGAGUUCAUUAGGUAAUGUAAGAAAACAUGAUGCUAUUCCUGCAACUUAUGAAUAA